GACUCUCACCAGCAUGUAGAGGAGGCGGGCCGCCGGGAGACACCUGGAGCACCGCGGGCACAUCGGGCCAUCGAUCCGCUCCGCACUCAUCGAUCAGCGAUCAGUGAAGCAUGGGGAACCUGAUCAAGGUGCUGACCCGAGACAUCGACAACAAUGCUGGAAACUUCUUCCUGGACUUUGAAAACGCGCAGCCAUCGCAGUCAGAGACAGAGGUGUGGGAGAAGGUGAACCAGGUGCUGACGGAGGCCAAGGUCAUCCUGGAGGACCUGCAGACGUACAAAGGAGCAGGAGAGGAAAUACGACAGGCCAUCCAGAACCCAAACGUUGAAGGCGUCCAGGAGCGGGCCUGGGCCGCCGUGGUUCCUCUGGUCGCCAAACUCAAAACUUUCUACGAGUUUUCACAGAAACUGGAAUCCAGCCUCCACUGCCUCCUGGACGUCCUGACCAGCGCCGACUCCACCCCGACACAACAUCUGGAGCAGAAACAGGCGCUGGCCCGUCAGUUCGCCCACAUCCUGCACUUCACGCUGCGAUUCGAUGAGCUGAAGAUGACCAACCCGGCCAUCCAGAACGACUUCAGCUACUACCGGCGAACCAUCAGCCGCAUGCGGAUCAACAACAUGUCGUCGGACUCGGGGAGCGAGGUCAACAACGAGCUGGCCAAUCGGAUGUCUCUGUUCUACGCCAGCGCCACGCCCAUGCUGAAGACGCUGAGCGACGCCACGUCAAAGUUCGUCUCAGAUAACCCGGAGGUUCCCAUCGAGAACACGACCGUCUGUCUGAGCACCAUGGCCUGCGUGUGCAAAGUGAUGCUGGAGACGCCGGAGUACCGCAGUCGCUUCGCCAGUGAGGAGACGGUUCUGUUCUGCCUCCGUGUGAUGGUCGGCGUCAUCAUCCUGUACGACCACGUCCAUCCGGCCGGAGCCUUCGUGAAAACCUCCAACAUAGACAUGAAGGGCUGCAUCAAGGUUCUGAAGGAGCAGCCGCCCAGCAGCGUGGAGGGACUGCUGAACGCCCUGAGGUACACCACCAAGCACCUGAACGAUGAGACUACCUCCAAGCAGAUCAAGAACAUGCUGCAGGCCAACUAACUUCUUCUCCAGCCCUGAGUAGGAACCGAGCGACAGGAAGUGUUAAGGUCCAAAUUUCAGAAGAACUACUGAACAAAACUUCAGUUUUUUUGUCUUUACUUUGUAUUUUUUUAUUAUUAUUUUUAUAUUGUAAGUUCAAAAAUAGGAUGUUUAUUGUUGAAGAAGGGACGAAGAUCAGUGUUUGCAUUCAGGUUUAAUUCUGCCCCCUGGUGGACGUUUCUGAUAUUACAGUUGAUGUUGUGAUGCUAGGUAGAACCGACGCUGGACGUUCAAACACUGAGCUGAUGGUAGAUGCGCUUGCUCCCCCUCAUGGCUGCAGUGAUAAUUACAACGACUAACUGCUUUUAUUCCAGAUUCAGUGACAUCUCAGCUGUAACUCUGUAGGAACGGAAACGUUUCCGUCUCUCUGGUGUUUCCUGAAGUCCUGCAGCUCUUUGACUCAGAACCGACUGUAGGGUUGUUUCCUCCCAGUGUUUCUGUGUCCAUCAGCUGGUUAAUCUGACACGCCCGCCCUGCGCUGUGUGUAGUCUUACACUGGAUGUGAUGAUGCGACUCCUGCAGCGGUCAGUGAGUCCAUCCCAGCCUGCAGCAUGUGGAGCUUCGGUCCAAACAUUUCAGCUGCUUCAUGGAGGUCAGGAGCAAAGAAAGCUGAACGAACCUCUGUGUUGAUGAUGAUGAUGAUUUGGUACGGAUGUGAGGAAGAUCCUCCCACUGAUGUGGAUUUUGAUGUUCUUGACCUUUGACCUGAUGCUAUGUGUUUUGAGCUUUAAGUUUCCUUGUAUCUCGAUGCUGCAGUUUUAUUGUUUUUAAUGAUGUUUCGGCCAAAUAAAAUUUUUACAUUUUUAAUAA